AUCGUCCCGAAUCGUAUCGCGUCUGUGUGUGGGAGCCUUAAGUUCUUCAAGUCCAGACACGAACGCCAACAAUGCACGCUGGGUGGCUCUGCGGGUUCUGAGCGCUUGUGCACUCUAGCCGACCGCUAGCCGACUCUAGCUUCUAGCUGUCCUAGCGGGCGCUAGUGGUUGUUGCAUUUCGUACGUUACGUCGGUUGUGUAGUGCGGAGCUGUGUAUGUUGCCCAUACAGUCAAUAUUUAGCACGGAGUCUGCUCCUCGCAUUUAGUGAUUAAUGCUAGCAAGUGAGUGGCAGAUUUGAAGUCUGUAACAUGAAUUGGAUUAUAUCGAAAAUCGAAAUUUUAUCGUUGUUAUCCAAAUGGUAUUUUGGUGCAAUCCUAGGAACUGGUUUCCUUGUAUAUUAUCUACUUGAAGUAGUGAAGCAACCAGUUCUUGUCUGCUCAGAUGGAAAGUUCAAGAACUUCUUGGCAUUACAUGUUCCAAUUCUGCAAGAGAAGUACUGGCCAACAUUGUGGUGCUUUGAAUCAAGAUUGCAGACUGCUCUUGCAUCCCUGCUUCGAUCAAUUUAUCCUAAUGUGAAAUACAGUCGGGAGAUCCUAGAACUGAAUGAUGGUGGACAGGUGGCACUGGAUUGGUUGGAAGACGGCUGUCCUGCCAAUGCACCAAUUGUCAUUAUUCUUCCUGGUCUAACUGGGGACAGUCAGUCACAGUAUGUUAGGUGCCUUUCAUUAUCAGCAAAUCGCAUGAAGCUUCGAACUGUUGUCUUCAACUACAGAGGACUUGGUGGGAUGUCCUUGAAGACGCCUCGAACAUACAAUGCAGCAAACUUUGAAGAUUUAUCUGAAGUUGUGAGACACGUGAAAUCUUUACAUCCAGGAAUACCUGUAGCAGCUACUGGUAUUUCAAUGGGAGGACUGGUAUUGGGAAACUACCUGGCAUCACAGAAGAUGGCAGCACAGAAGACACUUGUAGCUGCCAUGGUGAUAUCAACACCUUGGAAUGCUUUUAAAGCAAUGGAUAGUCUUGAGAAGCCAGUUCUUAACUUAUUGUUGAACCGAUAUCUUACAUCUGGAUUUUUCAGUUUCAUUAAUAGGGUGAAAUCGAGCAAUAUGUUACAAGGACCUUGGACCAUGGAAGAUCUAUUAAAGUGUAAGACCGUUCGUGAGUUUGAUUCCUCAUACACAGCAAAGCAGUUUGGAUAUAAGGAUGUCAAUGACUAUUAUGCUGAUGCUAGUAUCCACGAAAAAUUGCAUAAAAUAGAAGUUCCCAUUCUGUGUCUCAGCGCAAGAGAUGAUCCUUUUCAGCCGUAUGAAGCAAUCCCUGUGGAAGAAGCAUGUAAGUCCAAGUAUGUCGCUAUUGUGAUAACACAAUAUGGAGGUCACAUUGGUUUCCUGGAAGGAAUUCUUCCUGUUCUUCAUGAAGAGUACAUGUGUCGUUUGUUCACACAGUAUUUCGAAGGGAUAUUCACAUCUGGUUCAGAAUUAUUAGCUGAAAUUAGCAAAGAUCGAUAAAAGUUGUUUAUCCCUUUAUAUAGAAGUAAGUCUUAGGUAGCUCAAUUCCUGUGGAAGCUAAUAUUCUUCAAAACUGUUACAGAGAAUGUACAGAAUUGAUUGUAUGCAAAAUAUAAUUCACUACUAUAAUGUAACUUAUUUCAAUAAAGCAUAUGAUUAAACAUCUACAAAGAAUAUGUUAGCAUAAUAAUAAUAAUAAUAAUAAUAAUUGUGUAUCAGAAUGGUGAAUACAGAAUUU